ACUUCCCGCAUCUUGGUCAGCAAAGAUAUCGAUCUCCAUGAGGCUGGGUCUUUCCACUACUCACUUGUCCUUUCGAGCAUCAACACCGCAAAGCUCUUGGCAAAUUUCUGACUGACGCAACCACUUUUUGGAAAUCUCUCAAGCGGGCAAGAACUGUCGACAGAUCGUACAUCUUAGACAUUUUCUUCGCAGUGGACGAUGGUCAGUCCGAUUCAGGAAUCAAAGAAGACAGGCGAGGAUGGCGCUCCGAGCAAGCCCGCCUUCGAGCCAAGAGAAGGCAAACAAGUCAAGACAUCGAUCACUUUGCCAGACGAACUAUGGCACACAGUCCUCGAGUGUCCAUGCACAUUUCCAACUGCAGUGUUCAACACGGUGAUGCUAAACUUGAUCAAAAAUCCCAACAUCACAUCAAGUCAUCUGUUCCGAGCAGAUAUCUUCUAUGACAGCGAGACCGACCAUUCUUUCAACCCAGAUGAUGCAUCAGAUCCAUACCGAGAUGGUCUUGUUGCUCAUAUGAAGAAGGAGUUGCAACCAAUCCGAGCGAACUGGCCGGAGUUUCGACUCGAGCGGACGAUAGUGAGACAGCUGAUACCGAGAAAUCCGCAACUGGACAAGCCUAUUGUGCAGACUUGCCACAUCUUCGAGCAAAGUAGAAUUGAGGGAGAGCAGACUGAAUAUCGACAGCUGGUGCUGUACAUACCACAUGUUCUAAAACUGGAAGAUAUGCCGUUUUAUCAUCCAACUGUCUCCCAGCUGGCUUUUCUACACACAUGGAAAUCUUCAUUGAAAUCGCCAGCAUCAAAGAAAGACCCCACCGUCUCGGAACACCUGAAUGGGAACGCAGAACCUCCGGGGACUCUCACGCUCCUGUACCGCCUCUUUUCAGACGAGACCCUUACGACCAAACUCUCACGCACGGCUCUCAAGCUGCUCCAGACUAUCCAUAAGCACGGUCAAGGACAACUAGCUGGCUACGAGAAACGCGUUCAUCAUGAUCAGAUCAUACCGCAAAAGCGCUAUCAAGACACUUAUACCCGCCUCAAAGCGAAAUAUGGACGGCACUUGAGUGAAAAGUGGGUAGAAGUGACGGAUCCAGGCAAACAUGUGUUUGAGGAUAUCGCGAUUGCUGCCUUUUUGAUUGAGCUUUGGAGGGAUAUGUAUGCUGCUCCAGAAUUGACCGCUGGGGUCAAUAGAAAUGGUGACCCACGGCAAGAGAGUGAGAAGGACGACGAUACAUCACGUGACGAUGAGCAGCUGCCUAGAUUUCCUGGCUUCGUCGAUAUUGGCUGCGGCAAUGGCAUUUUGACAUACAUUCUGCUCGCUGAAGGAUACUCUGGCUCCGGCUUCGAUGCAAGACAACGCAAGACAUGGUCAAUAUUCCCCGAAGAGACGCAAGCUCAGCUCGAACAGAAGAUACUGGUCCCGAAAGUCUUUCAAGACGCCUAUUCUCCUACCGACGCAUCAGAACCCUCUCCAAACAAGCCAACCGAUAGAGAACCCUCCUCGAAUUCAUCCCCACCAGAGGUCUGGCACUCCGGCAUAUUCCCUUCUUCACCCACACCUUCACCAGCAGACUCCUCAACCAAAGAAGGCCCCUUCAUAAUCUCCAACCACGCCGACGAACUCACAGCCUGGACUCCUCUCCUCGCCUACCUCAACAGUUCAUCUUUCAUUGCAAUACCCUGCUGCAGCCACGACCUCAGCGGUGCAAGAUUUCGUGCUCCGGCUGCCACAGCUCGCGCCAGGGCCGAAGCAAAAGAAGAGAAAGGGAAAGGAAAAUUGGAUCAUCCUUUGGCUUUUGAGACGAAGAGGUUACCUCAGCAGCAACAACACGGAGCCGAUGAGGAGGAUGCUCAAGCUGGUGCAGAACGAGACAGCGCAUCAACAUCGCCAGUCCCGAUAAAGAUACCCGAAUCCGGCUCCCUUCGCAAAUCCCUCAUUCAACAGCGCCUAGCAUCCGCAUAUUCAACUCUUUGCUCUUACGUUGUAAGUCUUGCUACAGAUGAAGAUUUGAAUUUUGACAAAGUGGAAAUGGAAACGUUGAGAAUUCCGAGUACAAGGAAUACGGCGAUUAUUGGGAGACAAAAGCAGCAGAAAACACGAAGUGAUGGCGGAGAAGGCGUGGAGGAAAGAAUGCAGCGAGUGAAAGAAUUGGUGGAGAGGGAGAUGAAGAAGGACAUCGGCGCUGUGGCGGGAGAGUGGAUUGCGAGGGCGGAAGGGUUGAUGAAGAAGCCGAGUUCUGGGCAUUGAUUGGACUUGUGUAUAUGAACUCUUGAUACCGCUUAGUCCGCCGAGCGAUCGAGAC